CCCUUUUCUAGAGCAAGUCAAUGCACCAAUUCUCAUCGCAACAACCUCCAUCUUCUCCUUACUUUUCUUCUUCUUAUCAUUCCAUGUCGGUUUCGGGUAUUCAAGGCCAGCUUCUUGAGGUUACUGUUGUCGGCUGUAACAAAUUGAAGGAUACUGAAUGGAUUUCAAGGCAAGAUCCCUACGUUUGCCUUGAAUAUGGUAACACCAAGUACCGUACAAGGACCUGCACAGAUGGUGGCAAAACGCCUACAUUCCAAGAGAAAUUUACAUUCACGCUGAUUGAAGGGCUUAGAGAGAUAAAUGUUGUGGUUUGGAACAGCAAUACUUUGACGUACGAUGAUUUUAUUGGCAACGGAAAGGUUCAAUUGCUGAAGGUUCUCUCUCAGGGUUAUGAUGAUAGUCCUUGGUCGCUUCAGACUAAAACUGGCAGAUACGCAGGAGAGGUACGGCUCAUAAUGCAUUAUGCAAAUGCCAAAAACCCAGCCACAACAUAUGCUCCAUCCGCACCACCCUAUGCAGCUCCUCCCCCUCAAGUCCCUUUAUACACUGCUCCUCCGCAAGCAACUGUGUCUUCUUAUCCACCACCAGCUACGACAUAUGCAACUGCACCAUAUCCUGCAUACCCUGCAUAUCCAUCAUCCACGUAUCCUCCUCCAUCAGCUGCUUAUCCUCCCCCACCUUCUGCGUACCCUCCACCUCCCCCACCUUCAGCAUAUCCUCCAGCUACAUAUCCACCAGCCUCGCCAUAUUAUCCCCCAGGUCCUUUUCCUGGCCUCUAUCCACCACCGCCAUACUAAAAUUCUCAGGGAGGAGACAUUCCAACUAUAAAGAGAUUCAACUUUAAGGUCUUAGGUCUAAAUCUCUUCAGAGGGGUUGGGAUUAUGGAUGGGAGAUGGUUACCUCGCGAUGUGCAACUCAAAUGCAUUGGCAUUUACAUGUAACACAAAAAAGGGUACUCUAAUUCUACAUAUCCUAGUGAGGAAACAAUAAUUAGAACUUUCCGUUAGUGUAUAGAAUUUGGGUUUGUAUUAUUUAGUUAGCCAUGAGAGCUAAGAUCUUUCCUUUUCUUUUUUGGGUUAGUGGGUGGGGUUGGUUUUCUCGAAAAUUUUGCCGUGGUGCUGAAUUGUUAAUACAUCUCGGUUUGUGCAAUUUUUGGUGUUCAUUCGUUCAA